AUGCUAGAUUAUGGCCACGAUCAUACAUUAUUUAGCGAGAGGGAUAACAAGUGCUUAAGAAACUUAGGAGUGACCGAUCCCCGCGACGACAAAGUUCGUAUCGAGCGGGAUAAGGGUGGCCUUCUCAGAGACUUGUACCACUGGGUCCUCAACAAUGUCGGUUUCCAACGAUGGCAGGACGAUAGAGACGGCCAGUUGCUCUGGAUUAGAGGCGAUCCUAGCAAAGGUGAAAUGAUAUUGCUCUGCGGAAUAAUUGAUUGUCACUGGAGUUGCGCACAUGAACCUCAGACUGUCACUACCCGUGACAUUGAUGAAUUGGUCAAAACCACUGCGCCAACGGACGCUCGCAUCAACAACGCUACAGCGGUCCUGCGUGGGUUGAUCUACACGCUUGUGACACAGCAGCCAGCACUCAUUUCGCACCUACGCAGAAGCUACGAUACAUUGUCGAUGAUCUUCGCCAGCAUUCUUGAAGACCUAUGCUUACGGAGAAUACACCUGAUCGUUAAUACGCUUGACGAGUGUACUGGAGACCAGAGCGUCAAAUUACCCGAGUGCAAAUGGAUGGUAUCCAGCCGCGACUGGCCAAGCAUCGCGAAGGAUCUGGACACCGCGGCGCAGGAACUCAGGCUAUCUCUUGAGCUGAACAAAGAGUCUGUCUCCGUAGUUAUCACCACAUACAUCCGGUUCAAGGUCGAUUGGUCGGCGAAGCGAAAUAAAUACGGCGAUGAUACGCGAGUUGCUGUCGACGCUACUUGUUUAUAA